AUGGAUGCUCAAAAAGUUGCCAUAAACAAAGAGUCGGAAUUUAAAUUAACUCGAGAUGAACUGGAACAUAUAGCACAUGUUUCGUACAUGGCUGAAGAAGAGUUCGGCAAAUUUCAAACAAAAUUACCUAUCGAUAAGGAUUGGGUUGAAGAAGAAGGCACAAAAAAUCGGGUUACGAAGAAUAUAGCGUUGAAGAAAGUGAAUCAGAGAAAUUUUCGAGAACAAGUUCUGCAACGUCAGGUCCCGAUUCUCAACAGCAAUCUGUAG